UCGGGUUUGACAGGUUUCCAGUUAAAUUUUUUGAUACCCCACAGCUUCAAUGAACAUUCACAAAGUGUCCUAACCUGAAGUGACAUCGUGACAUGCGGACAUCGUGAAAAUGAGACAGCUGGAACAAGGACAAGCUAAAUACUGACCGCUUUCUUUGUUCUGGAGUGCUGACAACUUCACUAGCAAUACUUUUAGCAAUGCCAAACAACAACAGCGUUACAUAGUUAUUCCAAGCCAGGAUAUUGCCGCACUCCAGCUAGUUAUACCUAGCUACGUUACCAAGUUAACAUCAACUUCGUUGUUACCUGAGCUGCCUGGAGAAACUUGCCCCAGGAAGGAUGAGUGUAGUCCGACACCUGAGGACCUUAAGGUUGGACUGGGCGGCUGUGUCAUAUGCCAUGACCACACUGGGAGCCAGCAUGAUAAACAACAUAUUCAGCUUCUACUAUGUCAAACUAUUUCUCAAUAAGUACAAGAUAUCAGAGGGAGCAUUCCACCAAUCACAGGUGGUGUACAUGGUGUGGAAUGCAGUCAAUGACCCUCUCUUCGGCUACCUGCAAGAUAACUCCAAGGUGCCCUGCUGCUCUCAGCGACGUCUCUCCAUCCUGUAUGGUGCUCCCUUCUACUCACUGGCUUUUCUUCUAGCUUGGUUCCCAUGGCGGACGUACGCCCCCGGCGACUGGCUGAGUGGCUUACACUUGGCUGUGACACUUUGUGCUUUUGACGGCAUGCUGACUUUUGUGCUGCUGGCACAAUGUUCGUUGUUUGCAGAGAUUUCUGGCCAACAUCAGAGCCGACUAAGGCUUAUAAAGUACAACCAGGUGGCUUCUCUCAUUGGCUCCUCCAGCGUCCUCUUCUGUGGUGUCCUGUCCAAAAACAUGGAGGACUUUGCGUCUUUCCAAGCCUUCACAGUGCUGAUUGCCGUCCUGAGCUGUGGCUGCAUGCUCUACACGGGCUUCCACAGUGAGAGCCGCUUUGAUAGCAAAGUGUCUGAAUCGGAGGAGAUGGAGUCUUCUGAUCAGACCUCCCAUCAGUCAGCAUUUUCCUUCUCCACUUUAAAAACUUUGGUUUGGCAAAUUCUCAGCAACAGGGACUUCCAGCUGUUCGUGUGCAUGAACUUCUUCCAGGUUUUCAUGUUACACUUCUUUAAUAAUUUUACAAUGAUAUUUGCUGAGCACCUGAUUCCUCCAGAUGUGCUUCCGUCGCUCGCCAAGAGCGUCAUGUACGGAGCGGGAUUCAUCUGUCCACAGCUGUUAGUGUUGAGCUGUCAGAGACUACUCCAUGAUCUUGGCUACUACAGGAUCAUACUUUACACUUUCUACAUAGAGGCUGGAAUGGCGGCUGUCAUGCUCGCACUCGGUCCUCAGCACCACUAUGUCCUGGCAUUUUUCCUCACCGUUAACAUGGUCCUAACCCAAGCUACCUUCAGUCUUUUUAGCUUGCCUGUGGCUGACAUCAUUGACACAGACCUGCAGAAGUACAAGCGCAGUUCCCCUCUCUCCUCAAUGGUCUUUGGGACGAAUGCUCUGUUCACUAAGCCGGCUCAGUCUCUGGCCCCCAUGAUAGUGGUUAAUAUCCUCAACCAGUUUGGAUAUGAACAGCUGAAGGAAGCGGGGAAGUAUUCAGAUCCAAGUGCCUUGGAGAGCCUCCACAGUGUCAUGUUCUACUUGGUGUGCCUGGUGCCCCUGUGUGUCGCUGGUCUGAAAGCCCUCGCUUGGAGGCCUUUUUCCAUACGCAACAGUCACACAGUGGACACGAAGUACAUUGACGGCUAACUGCAGUAUUUCCAGCAGUCGAAGGAAACUGGUUCUUCAGAUGGGAUUUGGGGAACUUCUUUUUUUUGCAAAGUGUGAGAUUAUGUUGAAAAUAAUGAGUACAUUUUUGUAUGUUUGAAGGAAAUAAUAAUCUGUAUAAAGAGUACAGAAUCUGUCCUGUCACACACUUCCUGGAUAACUGGAUCUGACAUAGCAGGGAUCAUGUCUUACAUUCCUUGAAAUCCUCUUCUUAAACAAAAUCCCAGCGUGUGUUACAUGUCAGACACUUUGUCCAGUCACUAACCUCAGCAGCUAAUUAGCAGGAACAUCCUGUGUGACGGCUGUCCUCAGAGGGCGCGUGGAAAAUCAUUCGAAGCUGCUCUUGUUUAAACAUCAAAGCUGAAUGUAAAUUAGAGAGCUGACACAGAAGUUGUCGUGCUGCAUCCUGAAACAGUCAAGCGAAACAAAGGUGACACAUCCUGGCAGUGGGAAUUAAGAGUGGGUGUCUUUUAUUAAUUAUAACAGUAACAUCCAAUUAAAGAAAUAGCUGUGGCAGCUAAAGGGCAGAGCUCUUGAACCAAAACAGAAGCUGAACUUAAUUAAAUGACUGUCACUAUCACACCAUAUGGUGUCAGCAAGCUAGGUACAAGAUGUAGAAUAUUACUUGGACUUUUUAAUCAACGUUUGUAGCAAUAUGUAGCUGCUGGAGAUGUGGAUCAGGGCCCCGUUUCAAAAAUAUACCUCUUGAGCACUGCUUACUGCAUCACACGUCACAAAUGAGUGUCACUCAAAAACUGAAGAUACCUUUGCGAGUCCUACAGCACUCUUGUUGGGUCACGUAUGUGUCGCAAGUGUGGUGUUUGUGUUGAUACGUGAUCAUGUCAAAAUGAGCGAGUGGACAUUAUCUCAUACUGCAAGCUACUAAUUCAAUGAAAUUGGCCUCGCGUUGGUUGAGUGACACCUGCUGUUGCCAGUGCACAGUCUAAUUUCAUCAUCACAUCUUUGCUGUAAUGACAAAAUGUGGCUUUAGCUCAAGCCAUACUCCAGAGUACACUAAGUCACAUUCUGUGUGGCCUUAUGCUUUUGUUUUACUGCAAAUUUUAACCUCUACUUGAGUAACAUUAAAGGGAUACUUCGUUGAUUUUCAACCAGCCUUGUAUCACAACAACAACGUGGGUAGGUUCAAUUACACAUAUAUAUGUAAUUGAACCUAAUCUAAACAUUGCCCAGUCUCUCUCAAACUCAGACCAAACUCCGAUCAAAUGGUAAAACUCGGCAUUUAUCAUUCAUUCUCUAACUGCUUACCCUGUUAGGGGCCGCGGGGGGGCUGGAGCCUAUCCCUGCUGACAUUGGGUGAGAGGCAGGGUACACCCUGGACAGGACGUCAGACUAUCGCAGGGCUGACACAUAGAGACAGACAACCAUUCACACCUAUGGACACUUUAGAGUCACCAAUUAACCUGCAUGUCUUUGAACUGUGGGAGGAAACCGGAGUACCCAGAGAAAACACACGCUGACACUGCGUUGCCUAUUUCUCGCCUAAAAUGUUCUAGAAACAUGUUUUAGCUUACUGUUUAACUGUAAUUCCAGAUUUGCGUCAUCUACAAGUGGGAGUGUUUAUUAGUCUGGUGCGGCGCAGUGCCUUCUGGUAGUUGUAGGUUUUCUACCGCCUGAGCAAAGGUGAAUGCCACAGUGCUUUUCUUUGUUUUCUCCUGUCAUGUAGCACAAAUUUCAAAAGCAUUUACGUCUUUCUGAUGCAUUUUAUGAAAAGACAAUCUUUCCAGUGGCGAAAUACUUCUUUAAAGGCCCUCUUUAAAUUAUCUAUAGUGCAUGGUAGAAGUGCAUUUAGGGCGUGUCCAGCUACAUUUUUGCUAGUUAAACAGCACACAAUCUGAGUGAAGGCUGCAAGUACAUUUGCUACUUACACAGUGUGAGCACUGGCCAUGAAAAUGACUGCGUCACUCUGAAACUGGCGCUGAACAGUUGCACUGUGUGUAGCUUUUCACUGGAUGUAACAUAGGAUCUCAAAUGUUUUGAGUCAACUUCAUUGGCUUACAAUCUCAAAGUGAUAGUUCCGAUUUUUUAAAGUGGGGUUUUAUGGGGUACUUAUACAUACACAGUAUAUUAAAUACAGUAGAUGCCGGCAGGAGUCUGACAUGGAAGUUAAGCAGUCUGCUGAGGAGGGGUCAAAAAUCAAUCAAAAAUCAGCAUCAGUCAAGCCAGACUCCAUUGAGAAAAACAGUGAUUUAACAUUGAUGAACACAGGAGCUGCUGAUCUACCGUUGCCUCAGUCAGUUAUUUUGUUUGUUGGAUUGUGUGACUUCAGCAUUUAAAAGGUUUAGUUCAGACUCACCAAAGUCACACAAUAACGCAAACUAACUAACUGAUGGAGGCAGCGGUAGACCAGCAGCUUCUGUGUUCAGUGAGCUAAAAUGACUGUUUUUGUCAAUGGAGUCUGGUGGCGUUGACGAGAGCAUAGAUGGACUGAAGCUGUUAAUGGCUUUUCCUGACAAAAAAGCAAAGCACUGAAAAUACUCUCAACAUAGUGUACACUUAAACUGACAAUGAUUUUUUUGUCUUCUUUUUUAAGGUUGGACUUAAUUUAGGUGGGCAAAAAUGCGUUCUGUGGCUGACCCUUCUAUAUCAGACUCCAGC